AUGGGUGGUCUAGGUUGGAGUGAAUCUGGUAAAAAAGAAAUCGGUGGUACAUCUAAUAUCGUUAAAGGUAAUACAGUCUCAGGUAAUGAUGUGGCGAAUCUUUUCUGGCGAGCUAGAUUCGCUAGUAUUCAAUUAAAGUUGACUAUCAUCAUUUGGUUAGUCGACGUAGGUUUCCUCAUUUGA